GCCGCCUCCUCCUCUCCUCCUCCCUUUCUCUCUCGAUCUGUCUCUCCCGGCCCGGAAUCCAUUCCGGCCUGGGAGCCGGAGCGGCCAAGGCCGCCGACUGCCCGACCCCUUGGCCGUCCGGCGGUCCGCCCUCCGGUGCGUCUGUCUGCCGGUGCGCCAGCCAGCCGACCGGCCCAGAGCACAGAAGCUCUGAGAAGUGAAGUGACUUUCCCAGCUAUGAGAGAGCGCAUGACAGGAUUUGAAACCAGAUGAAGACGUCGAGGCCCGAAGAGGGGAAGUGAGUUGCCUAGGGUCACAUAGUGGGGAGAAGUGGAGCAGAGCCUCCAGUCCCGGACCCCUGACUCCACCCCUGGUGUCCUUGCCGAGACCUCAGGCUGCCUCCCAGAUCCUCCGGGACAGCCCCUGCCUUCCACCAGCCAGGACCAUGGGCAGCAACAAGAGCAAGCCCAAGGAUGCCAGCCAACGGCGCCGCAGCCUGGAGCCCGCUGAGAACAGCCACGGUGGUGGUGGGGGUGCCUUCCCCGCCUCGCAGACACCCAGCAAACCAGCCUCCGCUGAUGGCCACCGGGGCGCCAGUACGGCCUUCCCCUCCGCAGCUGCCGAGCCCAAGCUGUUCGGGGGCUUCAACUCCUCGGACACAGUCACCUCCCCGCAGAGGGCGGGGCCACUGGCUGGUGGAGUGACCACCUUUGUGGCCCUCUAUGACUAUGAGUCUCGGACAGAGACUGACCUGUCCUUCAAGAAAGGGGAGCGGCUCCAGAUUGUCAACAACACAGAGGGUGACUGGUGGCUGGCCCACUCGCUCAGCACAGGACAGACGGGCUACAUCCCCAGCAACUACGUGGCGCCCUCCGACUCAAUCCAGGCCGAGGAGUGGUACUUUGGCAAGAUCACCAGACGGGAGUCAGAGCGGUUACUGCUCAACGCGGAAAACCCGAGAGGGACCUUCCUAGUGCGAGAAAGUGAGACCACGAAAGGCGCCUACUGCCUCUCCGUGUCCGACUUCGACAACGCCAAGGGCCUCAAUGUGAAGCACUACAAGAUCCGCAAGCUGGACAGCGGUGGCUUCUACAUCACCUCCCGCACCCAGUUCAACAGUCUGCAGCAGCUGGUGGCCUACUACUCCAAACAUGCCGAUGGCCUCUGCCACCGCCUCACCACCGUGUGCCCCACGUCCAAGCCGCAGACUCAGGGCCUGGCCAAGGAUGCCUGGGAGAUACCCCGGGAGUCCCUGCGGCUGGAGGUCAAGCUGGGUCAGGGCUGCUUCGGAGAGGUGUGGAUGGGGACCUGGAACGGAACCACCAGGGUGGCCAUCAAAACGCUGAAGCCAGGUACAAUGUCUCCAGAGGCCUUCCUGCAGGAGGCCCAGGUCAUGAAGAAACUGAGGCACGAGAAACUGGUGCAGCUGUAUGCGGUGGUGUCUGAGGAGCCCAUCUACAUCGUCACGGAGUACAUGAGCAAGGGGAGUUUGCUGGACUUUCUCAAGGGGGAGACAGGCAAGUACCUGCGGCUGCCGCAGCUGGUGGACAUGGCCGCCCAGAUCGCCUCGGGCAUGGCCUACGUGGAGCGGAUGAACUACGUCCACCGGGACCUCCGUGCCGCCAACAUUCUGGUUGGGGAGAACCUCGUGUGCAAAGUGGCUGACUUCGGGCUGGCUCGGCUCAUUGAAGACAAUGAGUACACCGCCCGGCAAGGUGCCAAAUUCCCCAUCAAGUGGACGGCUCCGGAAGCCGCCCUCUAUGGCCGGUUCACCAUCAAGUCAGAUGUGUGGUCCUUUGGGAUCUUGCUGACGGAGCUCACAACAAAGGGACGGGUGCCCUACCCCGGGAUGGUCAACCGUGAGGUGCUGGACCAGGUGGAGCGGGGCUACCGGAUGCCCUGUCCGCCCGAGUGUCCCGAGUCCCUGCAUGACCUCAUGUGCCAGUGCUGGCGGAAGGAACCAGAGGAGCGGCCCACCUUCGAGUACCUGCAGGCCUUCCUGGAGGACUACUUCACGUCCACCGAGCCCCAGUACCAGCCUGGGGAGAACCUAUAGGGAGCACACGCCAUGGGGCCAGACUGGCUUCUUGGCUUGGAUCCUGGGCCGGGCGGCCUCUGAUGGAGGGUCUUGCCACCCUCUGCCUGCCCGCAUCGAUCCCCUCUGGGGGGCGGAAUUGCCAGUGAUGAGGCCCCUCCCUCUUUUGUGGCACGGAAGGGCCUGGGGCCUGGGGCAGCCUUGAGGACAGGGCUUAAGGCUGGCACAGUGACUGCAUCCCAGCACCUGCUCCAGCCACAUGUGCCCUCCCUACCUUCCCUCCUGGAGCUCUGUGUGCCUCUGCGGGAGGAGCCGGGAGGAAGGACGGGCUGAGGGCGCCCUUUCCCAGCCUCGGUCUGCUCCUCGCGUUGACUCCUUAACACUCCCACGUCGCCCCACGUCUGCCUCCAGAGCUGGCCGAAGAGCCUUUCCAAAGAGGAGUGAUGGGCACCUGGCCUCGGCCUGCCCACCACCCUGCCCUUUGCCGUCCAUUUCUGAAACACCUGCUGGUGGAAGCUGCCGGGUCCAGACCCUCUGCCGUGGCUCCCAGGCUGGGCAGCUGAGGCCUAGCUUGACUUGAUGGUGGGUGGAGUGAGCACCCCCUCUCCAGUCCUGUUCUGAGACCCAAGGGACCCUUUGAGAUCACCAAUUCCAUGUCCUCAUAGUACCGGUGGGGAAACUGUCCAGGGAGGGGAUGUGACUUGCCCCACGGCCAAGGAACAGUUCAGGGCUGAGGUGGGUUUGGAACCCGGUGCUCCCUCUGUCUUCCUCAGGAACCAACAAGAUUGUCCUUGGAGGCACCACAGACAGACUGGGGCAGCCCAGGGGGCCAGGGGCCUGAGGCCGAGUUCGAGAUAACAGAGCCCCACCUCCACUGCCUGACUGGCGGGGCUGUUGUGGGGGGAGGGACUGGAGAUGGACGUAAGGUGCGGCCGAAUGAGGGGUGAUGACGCCAGUGUCGGGGAGUAGAUGUUGAUCAGAACGUGAGUGGUUUUUUUCAUCCUUGGAGCUAGCCAGCCAUGAAAGAGUGAGCUCCCAGGCUCUGGAGGCAACCAAGCCGAAGUAGAAGAUCCACGUGGUUGGGCGGCCCUGGCCUCAGGUGGGAACCCCAGGUUCUCCUUCCCCCCUGUUUGUCCUGUGUCAUUUCAGUGCCCCUGCUCUCCUCCUUCACUUAGCACCCCUGAACCCGUGAGUAGGGAAAGGCGUUCCUAUGCUGGAGGGUGGGUAUCAAGUUCAAGUGUCCACUGCCGUGCACCAGGCCUGGCUGUGUGACCUCGGGUGGCCCCUCCUUCCCGUCUGGGCUGCAGCAUCUGCCUCCAUGCGUGGCCGUGGCCUCUGCAACUUCUCUGCCCCAGACCCUGCUGCCUGGCGUAACCCUGGGGAGCCCAGCCCGGGGCAGCAGGAGACUGGCGCUAGCUCUGAUGUUGGGCCUUGGGGUGUGUGCUGGCUCCUUCCCGGGCCUCAGGGUGCCCCAUCUUAAAAGGGGUGGCUGACAGUUUGUGGGCAUCUUGCCAAGGGCCCCCUGUGUGUGUAUGUGUGUCAUGUGUGUGCACGUGUGUGUCCAUAUUUAACAUGUAAAAAUGCACCUCCCCCCGCUCUGUUCCCCAGACAUGUUGUACAUUUCACCCACAGCCCCCAUCACAGCAAUAACGUUCCCGCUGCCAGGGGCUCUCGAGCCAGCCAGGCCCUGCCAGCGGGAAGGGAGGCCACGUGGUGCCUGCCUAUGAGAUUUCAACUUUUCCUUUCCUACAUGUUUAUGACGCAAGUCUGCUGUCCGUCCCGGUCAAAUCUGGGCUUGCUUACCCAGGCGCACUCAAGUCCCCUUACAGCUGCCUGGGGCCCUUUGUAUAAGGUGUCCUAAUACUGUCUUUUUUUUUUUUUUUUUUAAUAAACAGUGUUUUGUAGAUUUCAGAUGACUAUGCAGAGGCCUAGGAGACCCCCAGCUCUGGGCAGGGCCUGGGGGUCCCGCAUUCCAUGGCCCAGGCUUGGGGGGGAGGGGAGGGAUCCAGAAAUUGGUUGUACAUACUUUGCAUAUUGUCUGAUUAAACACAAACAGACCU